UACUAAUUGAGAUUUUGAAGCGAUUCUGUAAAUUAAGAAAUACUAGUUUUCCCGGGAAACCAGUAGACACACACACACACACAGAAACGAUUUCUCGAUUCCUUCGAGAAUCGUUCUUGUUGAUACGGAGCUCUCUCUAAUCCAUUUUCGUUUAUACGGAUCACUGCAAUUUCAAUUUCCGCUGCCACACAUUUUACAAAUCAGAUGCCGAACAAAAGGGGGACACUAAUGAGGCAUCUGCUGAUGCUAUCUAUGGCACUCAACUCUGUAUUGAUUCUGAGGCUAAUUUAUACGAGUGGGAUCAGUUGGGAAGCAGAAAAGAGUUUACAAGGCUUCUGCAUGGCGGAGAAUCAGGAAAUAGGGAAAGUUGUUGUUGCGUCUUCAUCUUCUUCAUCCGGCACUAGCACGGAUGGUCGCAUUCCAGAUGAAAAUGGCGGGGGAAAACUCAUCAAUCUCGGCCAUGGUGAUCCAACUAUGUAUGCGAAGUUUUGGCAUCAAAUGGGUAACAAAACCACUUUAGUGAUCCCCGGAUGGCAAUCCAUAAGUUACUUCUCUGAUGUGAAAAAUCUUUGCUGGUUUAUGGAACCAGAUUUGACAAAGGCGGUUAUUAGAUUGCACAAAUUGGUUGGAAAUGCUAUCACCAAAGACCGCCAUAUAGUGGUGGGAACAGGAUCUUCCCAACUUUUUCAAGCUGCUCUUUAUGCUCUCUGUCCAGCAGAAUCAUCAGAACCGACAAGCGUGAUUUCUGCCGCCCCAUAUUAUUCAUCUUACCCACUAAUGACAGACUUUCUUAAGUCGGGACUUUACAAAUGGGGUGGCGAUGCACACAAAUUUAGGAAAAGAAAGAACCAGGCUUACAUUGAACUUGUGACAUCACCCAAUAAUCCUGAUGGUUCGAUAAGGCAGGCUGUGGUGGUGAAUGGAAGUGAUGGAAUAGUGAUUCAUGACCUAGCCUACUACUGGCCACAGUAUACUCCCAUCACUUUUCAUGCAGACUAUGAUCUCAUGCUAUUUACUGUCUCAAAGAGCACAGGCCAUGCAGGCAGUCGAAUUGGAUGGGCUGUGGUUAAGAAUGAGGAAGUUGCGAGGAAGAUGACAAAGUUCAUAGAAGUGAACACAAUUGGUGUAUCGAAAGAUUCACAGUUGAGGGCAGCAAAGAUUCUGAACUCUGUGGCGGAUACUUACGACUACUCUGGAAAUGCUAAAGAGGAGGGUGCUGCUUUCUUUGAGUAUUCUUAUGGUGUUAUGAAUAAAAGAUGGAACCAACUGAAAGAGGCAGUGAGAAAGAAUCCGAUAUUCAGUCUGCCUGUAUUCCCUUGGAGUUAUUGUAACUUCAGUGGUCGUAAAUUUGAAUCACAACCUGCAUUUGCAUGGUUGAAAUGCGAAGGGGAGAUAGAAGACUGCGAGAAGCUUCUUGGAGAUCACAAGAUAUUGACGAGAGGAGGUAAGCAUUUCGGGUUUAGCUCAAAGUAUGUGAGAAUUAGUAUGUUGGAAAUCGAGGAGAAUUUCGAUAUCUUUACAGAUAGAUUGUCUAGGAUACAUGUUGCUGGCUCUGGAUGAGCAAGCAUAUCACUAUUCACUUCACUUUGCUAUUUAUAAUUACUAUUGGUAAGUCGUCGACUAUGCAUAUAUGUAGAAUAUUUUUAUCAAUUC